AGCUACCUACCCAAUUUCCACCAACCCCCAAAUUCUAGUCCAUCAAAGUUGACCAAAUACAUCACAAACCAAACACAAAUAGCUACAAAAUCUAAGCUAAUAGAAUCAUAUCUCAAAAAUCACAUUUCUUAGCUACAAAUUUCAUUUUCAAGCUCUAAUAACAAAAAAGAAAAAUGGCUCCUGCAAAUGAAGAAGAAGAAGUGAGACUAUUAGGAAAAUGGCCAAGUCCAUUUAGCAACAGAGUAGUUCUUGCUUUAAAACUCAAAGGUGUUGAAUACAAAUACUCAGAAGAAAAUCUAGCUAAUAAAAGUGAUGAUCUUCUUAAAUACAACCCUGUUUAUAAGAAGGUACCUGUUCUUGUUCACAAUGGAAAUCCAAUAGCUGAGUCUCUUGUCAUUCUUGAAUAUAUAGAUGAUACAUGGACAAAUAAUUCAUUUUUGUCCCAAGAUCCUUAUGAGAGAGCUUUGGCUCGGUUUUGGUCUAAGACUCUUGAUGACAAGAUUUUGCCUGCAAUAUGGAAUGCAUGCUGGAGCGACGAAAAAGGGCGCGAGAAAGCUGUGGAGGAAGCCUUGGAAGCUCUAAACAUACUAGAGAAUGAAAUCAAAGACAAGAAAUUCUUUGGUGGAGAAACCAUAGGACUUGUUGAUAUUGCUGCAAAUUUCAUUGGUUAUUGGGUUGAAAUAUUACAAGAAAUUGCAGGAUUGGAGUUACUUACCGUUGAAAAAUUCCCAAAGGUAUUUAAAUGGAGUCAAGAAUUUAUCAAUCACCCUGUUAUCAAGGAAGGGUUACCUCCUAGAGAUGAAUUAUUUGCUUUUUUCAAGGCUUCUGCUUCAAAAAAGUAGAGCCAACUUUAGUGGUAGGUUUCAUAAUUUUCCUUCAAAAUAAUCAUGUUGUAAUGAGUUAUAAUUUGUUACUGAUUUGAGUUGUAAUCCAAAAACUAGUUGUUCUUUUCUAAUGCUUGAUUUUCAAUUUUGUUGAACCAAAA